AUGAAAAGCAUGAAAGCGGUUAAGGCGCCCGGAUAUGAUAGAGUUUCACUCGAAAUGCUAAGGGCUGGAGAGGAGGUGGUGGCAGGCCUGCUGCACACCUUGUUUAAUUUAUGCUGGGAACUGAAGCGGGUACCGGUAGACUGGUGCAAAGCCGUGAUAGUCCCAGUAUAUAAAGGAAAAGGGUCGCAGCAGGACUGUAAAAACUACCGUGGCAUCAGCCUUCUUAGCAUUGUGGGAAAACUGUAUGCUAAGGUACUGAAUGAAAGGGCCAUGAAAGAAACUGAUGGAAAAAUUUGGGAUGUGCAAGCGGGAUUUAGAAAGGGAAUGGGAUGUACAGAUCAAGUCUUUUCCAUGCGCAUGAUCGCGGAGAAGUUUCUGGCCAAAAACCAAAAGGUUUUUUGUGCGUUCAUGGACUUGGAAAAGGCCUAUGACAGAGUGGAUAGGGAUUUGCUAUGGCAAACACUGAACUCAUUUGGGUUAGGCGCUGGCUUGAUACAGGCAUUGGAGUCUCUUUAUAGGGACUCUAGUGCUUGUGUUAGGAUCAACGGGGUCUACUCGGACUGGUUUGACAUCCAUAAAGGUGUCAGACAGGGCUGUGUGGCUUCCCCGUGGCUGUUCAACCUAUUUAUGGACAGUUGUUUGCAAAAUUUGAAAGUUGAAGAAUGUGGAUUAAGAAUGGGUUAG